AUGGAUAAAGAUCUUCGUUGUAUAAUUUUUCUUGGAUUUGCUUUUUUAUUGGUUCUUUCAGCAUUUAACAGUCAAGGAUUUGUUGAGGUUUUUUUUUCUUUUCUUUUCUUCGUUAUUAGUUUCUUGGCCAUCAUAUACUUCACAUUUACUUUCUCAAAUCUGCUAGCACCAGCUGUUAUCAAUAUUUUAACCCCAAAAUGGACUAUGGUUGUUGGUUCAAUGUUUUACUGCUUUUUUAUGCUUGGUUUCCUCUAUCUCGAAGCUGUUGUGCUAUAUUUACUAUCAGGAUUGGUAGGAUUUGGUGCUGCUCUGUUAUGGACCGGUCAAGGGGCAUAUUUAACAGCAUGUUCUCGUAUUGAUACAGUUGGUCGUAAUAGUGGUAUUUUAUGGGCAAUGACACAAGCCAAUUUCGUUUUCGGUGGAUUUAUUUUUACUAUUUUUAUUAUUUUCAGUUCCAUCAUAAAUUCUGCUCGAAUAUUAUAUGGCUCUUUUGCGAUAAUUUGUGGACUGGGAACACUUGUUUUCGCAUUUCUUCCGUCUCCUUCGCGAUCUAUUUGUAACAGUGAAAAUAAUGAGGAUUUCAAUAUUGUCGAUGGUCAUGUAAAUUAUGGAGCUCACUCCGUUCGUGACAAUACAUUGCGUUUGUUGUCAACUCGCCGUAUGAUACUAUUAUCAGUAGUAUUUAUGUACUCAGGAAUAGAAUUAACAUUUUAUUCUGGUGUGUACUCGGCCUGUCUUGCUGGUUUUCAAGCGUUAAAAGAUACAAAUGGAUUGAUUAUUGCAUAUAAUGCUUUAGCGCUUGGUGUUGGGCAAAUUCUUGGUGGACUUGCAUUUGGAUUAUACGCAAAUCGUUCUUUCGCAAAAGGCCGUAAUUUUGUCAUUGUGAUUGGGACAAUUACUCAUUUGGUCGCAUUCUUCCUCGUUUUUUUGAAUAUACCUGUGGAGGCUCCUCUUCAUAAAACUGAUUCAGUUGGUUAUAUUUCUCCAAGCUAUUAUAUUGCAAUAAUUUGUGGUUUUUUGUUGGGAUUCGCUGAUAGUUGCUGGAAUACACAAAUUUAUUCACUGUUGAGUUCAGUGUAUAGCAUUAAUAGCUCGAAUGCAUUUGCUAUUUUCAAAUUUUUUCAGUCCAUGGCAGCAUGCAUAAGUUUUUUUUAUGGAUCAGUUCUUAUGCUACAUUGGCAAUUAAUAAUUCUGGCUAGCACUGUUACUAUUGCUGCACUUUGUUUUAUACCUGUUGAACUAGAAGCUCGUGCGAUGUUCGCUCCUCCAGUCUUUACUUAA